GGGGGACGGGGCAGAAUGCCUGUCCUCGAGCGCUACUUCCACUCGGCAGAGCUGGGCAGGAGGUGGACGGCCCCAGAAGGUGCGCUGCCCUCCUCGGCGGGCGGCCGGCCGGGGUGCCAGCAGGGGCCGCUGCCCUGGGACUUGCCCGAGAUGAUCAGGAUGGUAAAGCUGGUCUGGAAAUCCAAAAGUGAGCUGCAGGCGACCAAGCAGAGGGGCGUUCUGGAGAACGAAGAUGCCCUCCACAGCUUUGCAGGAGAUGUACGACUAAGGGGUCAGACGGGGGUUCCUGCUGAACGCCGUGGCUCCUACCCAUUCAUUGACUUCCGCCUACUUAACAAUACAACACACUCAGGGGAAAUUGGCACCAAGAAAAAGGUGAAAAGACUGUUAAGCUUUCAGAGAUACUUCCAUGCAUCAAGGCUGCUUCGUGGAAUUAUACCACAAGCCCCUCUCCACCUGCUGGAUGAAGACUAUCUUGGACAAGCAAGGCAUAUGCUCUCCAAAGUGGGAAUGUGGGAUUUUGACAUUUUCUUAUUUGAUCGCUUGACAAAUGGAAACAGCCUGGUAACACUGCUGUGCCACCUCUUCAACACCCAUGGACUCAUUCACCAUUUCAAGUUAGAUAUGGUGACGUUGCACAGGUUUUUAGUCAUGGUUCAAGAAGAUUACCACAGCCAAAACCCGUAUCACAAUGCUGUUCACGCAGCUGAUGUCACCCAGGCCAUGAACUGCUACCUGAAGGAGCCCAAGCUCGCCAGCUUCCUCACACCCCUGGACAUCAUGCUUGGACUGCUGGCUGCAGCAGCACACGAUGUUGACCACCCAGGAGUGAACCAGCCAUUUUUGAUCAAAACUAACCACCAUCUCGCCAAUCUAUACCAGAAUAUGUCUGUGCUGGAGAAUCACCACUGGCGAUCUACAAUCGGCAUGCUUCGAGAAUCAAGGCUUCUUGCUCACUUGCCAAAGGAAAUGACACAGGAUAUUGAACAGCAACUGGGCUCCUUGAUCUUGGCAACAGACAUCAACAGGCAGAAUGAAUUUUUGACCAGAUUGAAAGCUCACCUCCACAAUGAAGACUUAAGACUGGAGGAUGUACACGACAGGCACUUUAUGCUCCAGAUCGCCUUGAAGUGUGCUGACAUUUGCAAUCCUUGUAGGAUUUGGGAGAUGAGCAAGCAGUGGAGUGAAAGGGUCUGUGAAGAAUUCUACAGGCAAGGUGACCUUGAGCAGAAAUUUGAACUGGAAAUCAGUCCACUAUGUAAUCAACAGAAAGAUUCCAUUCCUAGUAUACAAAUUGGUUUCAUGACCUACAUCGUGGAGCCACUUUUCCGGGAAUGGGCCCGCUUCACUGGAAACAGCACCCUGUCGGAGAACAUGCUAAGCCACCUCUCACACAACAAAGCCCAGUGGAAGAGCCUCUUGCCCACACAGCACAGGAGCAGCAGUGGCGCCGGUGGCGGCCCGGACCAUGCCGGCCAAGGGACUGAGAACGAGGAGCAGACUGUGACCAAAGGCGACGCCCCGUAGCCCCGGCCGGCCUGCCCCUGCUCUGCACACGGAGAAGGAGAACCUCCCUGAGCAGACGCCUCCUGACAGGGUGAAAGCUCGGAGGGGGUUCCUGCCAAUCAGCCCAGCCACCUUGUGGCUUGCGUCCUGGGGCUCUUUGGAACGCUACCCCCUCUACUUACCUGCCUCCUCUCCUCUUUCCGAGUGUACAGAAGCCAUCCGUCAUCUCAGCACUAGCUGCCGAAAUAAAGCAACUCCAUUUAGGAACGUGGGAGCUGAUUCUAGGGGCAGGCUUGCCCCUCCCGGAGAAGACUGGGGAGCAAGAAAGAGGUGCCUCUGCCGUGUUCCCCUCGGGCCCUGGGUCCCAUUGUGACAGGCGACCGUCGCUAAGGCCAGAGCAUUUUAGCGUUAGCCAUCUGACUGCUGAUUUGCGGGACAAACACACCAGCAUAUUUGGAACUCCAAGGAGAUGGGUCUGGGUGCGAGAGCACAAACCAGAGCGUGAGAGAAAGUACCUUCUAUUUUAAUAAUAAUUCUUAUUAUAAAAAUAAUAAUAAAUCUUUUUAACUUUUCUAUUUGAUGCACUAGACCAUGGAUCUAAAACUUUGGACUAAAAGAUUACUCAAUGUACCCAAACUCGAACAGGGGGUUCAUUGUUUUUUGUUACUGACUUUAUGCCACUUUGGGUCAGAGAAUCGGCAUCUCCUCAGUGUAAGAAACCACGUUUCCCAUCCCAUCCGAGGGGAAGGUGCUGGACAGUUCAUUCCUUUGCACCGUUAGCCAAUCUUUUAUCAAUAACUCAGAUUCAGUGACAUGUUUAUAUGCACACAUGUACAUUUUCUGUAAAUACCAAGCGCUACUGAUUCCCAUGCCAAAAUACAUGAGUAUUAUGGGAUUGCUACCUGUAUAAACAAUGGCACUGUGAACAGAAUACUGUUGGUUUUAAUACGAGAGAAUGCGUUUGUAAAUAGGAUAUAGAGUUUAUUAAUAUACAAUUGUUUGAAGAAAAAGGCCUUAACUUUAAACAUCUUUCAUCUUCUGAAAGCUGCCCAACUAAAAUCCUCACAGAUAUCCCUCCGAACUGCCUUCCCAUGUCCAUCUUUCUGCUUUCCAGCUAAGGUCACAAACCAAAACUGAAUAAAGCCUUUGAGGAAAUGUUUUGGAAACUUCACAUGCAUUCCGCUUGAGACCAUAGUGUUUAAUCUGUGGCACCAAGCAUCGUUUCCUCAGAUUAAUGAGACGUUUCAACAAGCCUGAAGUCACUUUUCAACACAGCGAUGUUGCACACUCUGUUUUAACAAGCCAGCUGAUUAGCGUGCAUUUAUAUGACUCUGGUCUUGGACCAUGGCGGUGUGUCAGCCUCGCAGGAGACAUGGCAGGCCUCACAAACCUUCUAUGACCCUGUCACCUAACCAUCAGGGAAUUUCCUGCUCUCCCACCACACUCUUGUCUGUUAUGGCUACAGUACCAAAGCCCUGUUUUUGGUUUAUGGUUGGCGUGCAUUUUUUUGAUGUUCAUAGUAACUGGAUUUUUCUUUUUCCUUAAUUUCAUGUGAACAACUACCCAACUGUUUAGCUGGAGUUAACAUUAUUUAAGAAAAGAAACUAUGUCAGUUUUCUGACCGAAUGUAUCUUUCUGGCAGGUCAUUGUGGUUAACUACGGUUCUAGCAAACACAGUCACCUUGGCAUUUUGUUGGCAUUUUUUUCUCCAGAUACUUGGGCAGAAAGUCAGUUUGUUACAAAAUCUUCCUCUAGUGGCUAAACUCUGUGCAUUCAACCUUUUCCUUAAAAAUUCGAGCAUCACUGAUGUUAGAUGAAAAUCGGCAUGUCCUUUUCCUCUUACCUUAAAUACUGUUGAAGUAGGAGCAUUAUGAUCAUUUCUGCCACCAUCAAGCUGUUUGGCAAGCUGACAAAAUGACAGCUCUCAUUUCCUACCUGAAAGUAUGUGGGGGUUUUUUCCUCCUAACAUACAAAUGAAAUGUUAGAAACUUGACUGGUUUGUAAUAAGUUUCUGCAGAGAGACUGAGGUUUGCAGAGUUAAAGUUUAAGGGAAAUUUUGGAGAAUUGAUUAUAUUUUCAUUAAAGUAGGAGAGAUUGUCAGAUGGUACUAACGAAAGUGUGAAAACCUCAUGAAAUGGGUGGAUGAUAAGUUGAAAUUGUUGAUAUGGGUAAGAGAGAAGUUGUGAAAUCUUAACACUAACUUUUUUUUUUCUGUAAUAACUACGAACUGACACAUGAUUCUUUAUUGCUUUAAUCCUCUGAAGCUCUCAGCUUAGUGAGGCCCCAAAAGAGAAAAUGUUGAAUGUAUUCCUGCUUCCAAAUCUCUCUUACUUUGGUUUGAUGAUGCGGAGAGGGCUUUUGAGUGGUCUGUGUUUAAUGUUCAGGCGAUCAAGUGAAGGAAGGCGAUUGUCGAGAAUGAUACAGUAAAGAAAGAAGACACUAUUUUGGCUACUAGGGCCUGUAUUGUGGGUUUAGGAAAUGGACUUGUGUAAAUUAUAUUUAUAUUGUAACUUAAAUAAGAUUGGAGGCAUUUUUAGUAGUUUCAAGUUUAUAAGACAAAAGUGUCUAUGUUACAAUUAGGUCCUGAAGAAGAGCUCACAGAAAAAAACUACCAAAUAUCCAACAGUUACAUCUAUGAAGCAGCUACUAGUACAAUAAAAUUUUGAAAUAAACUGAGACAUUAUGCAUAAAACUAGAUGCAUUUUUGUCCUCCUUCCAACCAUCUGGAGUUUUCUUGUGUUCCUCAUAUGUUGGCAAAAAAAAAAAAAAA